AUGGGAAAAAGAAGAAUAGAAAUCAAGAAAAUUGAGGACAAGAAAAAGCAACAAGUUACGUUUACUAAGAGGAGAAAAAGGCUGCUCAAGAUGGCUAUGGAGCUAGGCCAGAAAUAUGAUGCUGAGGUAGCAGUGACCAUCAGGAGUAAUGCCAGCAAUAUCUUUGCCUUUGGUCAUCCUUCUAAUCUGCCUGAAGAUGAUCUUGAUGAAACAGAGGAAAGCCCUGAUGAUGAUGAUGAUGAUCAGGAAAUGUCUGAUUGUGUGAUGGAAGUCAACAAAGCCAAAUUGUCAUCUGAAAAUAGAAAUGGAGAUCAAGAUGAAGUACAUGAUGUGGCUGAAAAAGAUGAUAUAAGUGACAUAGAAGAAUUCCUUGAUGAUGAUGAUGACGAUGUUGAUCAGGAAAUGUCUGAUCAUGAGAUGGAAAAGACGGUCUUGAUGAUGAUGACGGUGAAGAUGAUGAUCAGAAGAAUACGAUGGGGAAGCCAAAAGAAUGCUACUGAUCAACAAGUACAAGACACUGGGAAUGUGGUGAAAAAGCAGGAGAAUUCAACUGCAAACUCAAUUAUGAUGCCCAACUUGAUUAGGGAUGUGCCCCCAGUUGACGAUUUAGAGUUGCAUGAACUUCAAGAAAGUAUGGCUCAGCUGGAAAAGAUGAAAAAGAAAGUAACAGAUCCAGUUAAUCAGAUCAGGAAGAGUAGCGCUGAUUCUUCUUGUGACUUCAAUAAAAAUGCAAGGACCUGA